AUGACCAACAUGAACAACUUCAACUUGGAAUAUGACGAUGAACAUCAGGUUCCCUCACAACCCAACCCUUCAUAUACGACCUUUCCCAGCCAGGGUAAUUAUGCCUUCAGUGCUAUGCUACCCCAGGAUGCGGAUCUGCCUCUCCAGAGCCUCGCACGAUCACAGCCUUCGGAUCUGGAAGGACCUAGGUCUAAUGUCAUGCUCACAUACGACGGGAUUCCGACCUCGGGUAUCUCAAUGCCAAUGAAUAUGAAUGCCACCAACGCAUAUACCUACGAUAUCCCAACCACAUACCCGACCACCACCAUGGGGAUACAUCCGCAGAUGGAUCAUUCACAGUUUCAGUCUACAUACCCGCCCUAUCCACACUCCAUGACGGUGCCCCAUUAUUCCCAGCAGCUCGCUCCGCCAGCCCGCAUGGAACGAUACGAUACAAGCACCGAUUCGACAGCCAAUUUCGAGGAUUCCGACUUUUCAGGUCGCACGAGCGACUGGUCGCAGGCGCAAGCGCAGGUGCAGCGGGCUCAGCAACAACCUCCGGAGCGCCGCCUGCCUGCUGCCCAGCCGUACCGUCCAUCGCAACCGGUGGCUAUCCAGCCCAAGAAGCCCGUUGCUGCCAAAGAGGAUCUCUCGCCGGGGCUCGAAAAGCCCGAGAUUGGCAAGACUGAACAUACCGGCAUCUAUUCGACGACUGGCUUUGACGUGCUGGGAGCGUUGGGCCGUGUGGCUAUGCGGCCCAACCCUAAAAUUAACAUUGGCGCGGUCGAUCUCUCAUGCGCCUUUGUGAUGUGUGAUAUCUUGGUCGAGGAUCAUCCAAUCGUCUAUGUAUCAGAGGCCUUUGAACGAUUGACCGGCUAUACUAAAGAUGAAAUAGUUGGACGGAACUGUCGAUUCCUUCAAGCGCCGGACGGUAGGAUCAACGCUGGCGCUAAGCGGACCUUUGUGGAUGGACAGACUGUCUAUCGGCUACGGUCAACCAUCGACGAUCGCAGUGAGAUCCAGGCUAGUAUAAUUAACUACCGCAAGGGUGGACAACCCUUCAUGAAUCUCAUCACGAUGAUCCCCAUCCAGUGGGACUCAGAUGUAUAUCGGUACUACGUCGGGUUCCAGGUCGAUCUGGUUGAAAAACCCGAUGCCGUGAGGGGAAGAAAUCCUGAUGGUAAUUAUAGAAUUAACUACCAGCGCGAUCAGCUGCCACAGUAUAUUGUCCCACCACCAGAUGUAUACUCACGACCAGACCUCGGGUUGCGAUAUGGUCAUGACGAAGUGACUACCAUUCUCAACGCCAUGGGCGCAGCUGGCAAUGAGGUCAACCGGCACUACCUGGAUCGUAUUCUGGUUGAGAAUACCGAUGAUGUGAUCCAUGUACUUUCAUUCAAUGGGGAAUUCUUGUACUUGUCGCCCUCUUGCCACAAGAUUCUAGAGUACGAUCCGGUCGAGCUGAUCGGCAAGACCCUGUCCACCAUCUGCCAUCCCAGUGAUAUUGGUCCUGUAAUCCGUGACUUGCGGGCGAGCACGACAACCGCUCCAGUGAGUGUUGUGUAUCGUAUCAGACAAAAGCACAGAGGAUAUAUGUGGUUCGAGAGUCACGGCGCGUGGCACAUCGACCCGACCCAGGGCCGGAGGCAUCUUGUCAUGACCGGCCGCCCACGACCUGUCUACACAUUGGAUCAGAUUGCCCGCCUGGGCUCAUCCGCCGCGCUGGCCGAGAAUGACAUCUGGGCCAAGAUUUCUUUGUCUGGUGUCAUUCUGUUCGUUACGACCAAGGUGAAGCCGGUGCUCGGCCGCUCGCCUGACGAUCUGAUUGGUAAAGGCCUACAAGAGAUCAUGAAGCCCGAGACUGGUGGAACUGCCACGAUCACACAAGCCCUAGAGGCAGCCUGUGGUGGACAAGGAGCUAGCCUGGCCACCGUUACGGUCAGCGGCAAAGAAACGGAUGAACCACCCUCGUUCAAACACCAAAUGUGGCAUAAGAAAGGCCAUGCCCUUUCAGCACAUACCACGUUGUACACCGGCGACGCACCCAAGGGAAUCAAACCGACCUUCCUCGUCGCCCAGAUACGAUUUGCUCGAUCCUUCCCUCCAUCCACCACCGCCGUUUCAGCCGCCGAAGACAAAAGUCUCGCUACGCUUACCGGCACCGCACGCACUGCAACACUCACCGUCGAUGACCCCGUCCCGCCCCAGCAGUACGGGGCCCUUGGUCAACGCAUGCCCGAUCUAUCAAACCUUAUCGGCCUCAACGGUCUGCCCACUGGCAACCGCAGUAUUUCACCCUCUGGCGACCCAGCAACCUUCUUUACAGAGCUCAAUCCCACCCGCGGAUCGAGCUGGCAGAUCGAGCUGCGCGAGCUAGAAAAGCAGAACCGCACUCUGGCCGAUGAAUUGCAACGCCUGCUGGCUCGCCGCAGGAAGCGCAAGCGCAAGCAGGGCGCUAUGGCGGUCGAGAAGUUUUGCGCCAUGUGCAACACAAAGAACACCCCCGAGUGGCGGCGUGGCCCGAGUGGAAAUCGGGAUCUUUGCAAUAGCUGUGGUCUGCGAUGGGCGAAGCAAAUCCGUGGCCAGGCGCAGGUGCAGGCUGCGGCUUCUUCGUCUCUUACGGUGGACUGA